UUUGGUGUUAACUGUGUAACCAAAGCAGGGAAGCCAAGUUUCAUGGCUCUUCUUCUCCAUCCAUCCAUGCUUCUCACUGCUAAGAGUCUUCAUGGAGACCUUUGGCCCAGCUCUCUCCGCCCUCAUUCGCCAUUCUUCUCCACCAAAAGGAACAAACAAUGGAAAAUAACUUCUGAAAGCUUUCAACAUACAGUGAUUAGUUGCCGAUCUGUGAGGGUCAAAGAAGUUGGCCCUGCCAAUCUUGAUACAUUGGUCAGGGAACCACAUAAAUAUUUUGAUCAGGUUAUCAUCACUGUUCGUUCAGGAGAUGGAGGUCAUGGUGCUGUACUUGACAUGCCUGCCCAGACAACUAGCUCUAAAAUGCAAGGAAAAUUUGAAAAAAAGUCAAAGAAAAAGAGCUCAUUUAAAAGGGAUUUUGAUGGCUCUCUCGUCUUGCCGAUGGGUGGACAUGGGGGUGAUGUGAUAAUAUAUGCAGAUGAAAGCAAGGAAUUUCUCUUGGAAUUUCAUAAGAAGAGCCGUUACUGUGCAAAAAGAGGGGGCAAUGUCGAUGCCAUGGGCACCCUGACCUCACAAUUGCAUGAUGGCUUUGCUGGACCAACAUUGCGAAUACCUGUGCCAGUAGGUACUGUAGUAAAACGGAAAAGAGGAAAAUUUCUGGCAGACUUGGCGCAUCCUGGUGAUGAAAUUCUUGUUGCAAGGGGAGGACAAGGUGGGAUUAGCUUGCUAGAGAUGCCUGAGAAUAGAAGGAAAAAACUUAUGGCUUUAUCUACUAAUGUAAUGAGGGAUGAAAGUGAUAAGGUUUUAGUUCUUGGCCAACCAGGUGAGGAAGUCAGUUUGGAGCUUAUUUUGAGAGUUGUUGCUGAUGUUGGUCUUGUGGGACUUCCAAAUGCUGGAAAAUCUACCCUUCUAGCAGCUGUAACACUUGCAAAACCAGAUAUUGCUGAUUAUCCGUUCACAACUUUGAUGCCAAACCUAGGGCGACUUGAUGGUGAUCCUACUUUAGGGGCACUAAAAUAUUCGUCUCAAGCAACAUUGGCAGAUUUGCCUGGUCUUAUUGAAGGUGCUCAUUUAGGAAAGGGUCUUGGUCGCAAUUUCUUGAGACACCUAAGAAGAACUCGAUUGUUGGUUCAUGUUGUUGAUGCUGCUGCUGAGGACCCUAUGAAUGAUUACAAAACUGUGAAAGAGGAGUUACGAAUGUACAAUCCAGAUUAUCUUGAACGGCCAUACAUAGUGGUUUUGAACAAAAUUGACCUUCCAGAGGCGCGAGAGAGACUGCCACAGUUGGUGCAGGAAAUCUCAAAGUUUGGAAAUAAAGAAGCAUCAAACUUGGAAACAAGUGGAGAACUAUAUACUGAUGAUAAGGUAGUAGGCAUGCCUUCAUCUGGAUCCAGUAAUGGAUAUCAAAAGGAAAAAGCAAUCGAGGACUAUCCCCUACCUCUUUCAGUUGUGGGCACUAGUGUAUUAAAACACAUCGGUGUCGAUGAAAUGUUGAAGGCGAUAAGGGCAGGUCUAAGAAAGUGUCGAGAUUCAGAGAAACAAUAAAUCCAUGAACGAUGGAUGCAUGGGAUAUACCGUCAACUCAAGACAUACUCGAAUGAUGUGUGAUGGCUAUCACCAUUAAUGGUUUGAUAAUGUUGAGGUCAUAGCAUGAAGAACACAAGAUGCAAUUUAUGAUGUGAAUUAGAGCAUAGAAUUUUUGUUGUCAUCCUUAUCAGAUCUUUGAAAGAUGAUUUGAGUGUUGAAAGUUUUUGUAUGAGCUCACUAUUUGUUUUUGAUAGGAUCAAAAGGACAGAUGGACCAGAUCAAAAUUUUCUCAUUCAAAUAGAUCUGAAAUAUGUACAGGAAAGCUCUGAAAUGUAUUUGUUUUUUCUUUUUGUGGCUACCAUGUUAUUGAUCA